ACAUUAUCCGUUCUGUUAAAAGCCUUAUAAUAUAAUAAUAUUACUAAUUAUUAUUAUUAUUGUUAUAAUGUCCUUGCUAGAGUCGCAGGUAAUUAUAUUUUAAAAGUAUUAAAAGUGGUAACUUUACAUUAGCUAUGCAUAUUUCGUUGUUUUUAACGUGUACACCUUUGAUAAGGAACACACUGCUCACGCCGUCAAAUGUGUCGACACAGGUCGAAUCUAUAUAAUGGAAUAAUAUCUAUGUAAAAAAGUGUACACAUUUACUGUUUAAAUGAUCGAAAUUUCAGUAAAAUAAUAUUACUCUUGCCUCGUUUCAAUAUAUGAAAACUGUGACACACUUCUUGACGUUAAUAUUAUUGCGUAUGGACGGCGGCGUGUGGAACCGAGACAAACAGCAUUAAUAAUUCAAAUAUUACUGCGGCUCAAUGGUCAAUUAUUUUUUAUGUAUAAAACAUUUGUUGAUUAUUUAUUGCACAGUGAGGUGGGGGGAUUUUUGUAUAUUAUGCAGGAUCUUUCACUGUGUGGACAAGAAAAAAAACUCGUUGUUCUUUACGACAAAAUCAAAACAAGUUAAAAACAUUUGUGUUUUGUUUCCAAUAAAUUGUUGGAGAGUUUUAUGGAACGCGGGUUAGUACCGCAUCGUUUAUAGAGAACGUUUAAAAAUCACUGAACAUUUGAAUCGAGAGUGGGUAAAAACAAAAUACAGAAACGGCAAUUUUAAAACAAACUUGGUAUGGACGGAAGAAAAAGGAUCAGAAACAAACCGAGUAUCCGAAUCGAAUUGCGUCCCCUAAUAAUAAGAUCGUUAUCCGUACUAUGUUGUCUAUAGCAAGCUUAUACCAAUAAUAAUUAUGACGGUUAUAUAAUAUUUCUUUUUCUUUUUUUAUAUUGGAUUCAAACAGCGUGUGCCAUAAUACAGACAAUAUUAUUCGUCUUAAUUGUUUCACACAUAAUAACAUAACAAUGCAGUUGUUUUGUGUACGAUUUAAAAUUAAGAUUCCGAACGGAACGGGGAGGAAGAUAUAACAAUUAAAACGAUAUGUGUUUUUUUUUUAUCUGUAAAUAUUAUUUCUUGGCAUGUUACAGCUGACUGCAGUUUAAUAUACAUUAUAUUAAGUUACACCGGAUAUCUCUAACUAUCGGGUCUUUAAUAAAACCAACUCUCGUGUAACGAUUUUCUCGGUUAUAGGUUGGGUGCUUCGUAUAUACCUAUUCGAGACCGACAAUUUUUAGUGGUUUAUCGCAGUAAAUGUUGUACGUGCACAAAAAUAAAAUUAUAGUGUGUACUGUGUAAUAUAUUGUGUGUAGAAAAUCCAUUCCCGUUGCACGAAUAAUUUCACGGAUAAAAGUUUCGGUGUGAAAGAAUUGAAGACACUUUUUUUUUUUUUUUUGCUUUUAGGUUUCCUAACCCUGUAAUUGAUUCUACGAUUUUUAACCUUUGAACUUAACCCCCGUCAUCAUAAUCUAUAAAUUACACGCGUAUCUAAAUUAUAAAAUAAUAACGCUGUAAAUAUUUUAUAAACUCUUAGCAUAGCGAGGAAUGAAUUGAUUUUACUUUGAUAAUUGUUUUUUAAACUUUUUUUUUGUCCUGCCUGUAUACAACUUUUAUAAAAAAAUCUUGCUCCAAUUGAAAAAUGACAAGAGAUCUUUUUUGUUACAUAUUUUGACGAAAAUGUAUGAUGUAAAAAUUAUGGUAUUUCUAAUCAUGUGUAACUGGAUUUCACUCGAUUCGUAUUUCGUUGUUUUUAGGUAUAAAUUAAACAACUUUAUGUAUCUUGCCUUCCCAACUUUCCACUACUAGCUUACCUAUGAACAGUAUCAGUUAUUUUUUAUUUACUUGCUUGGUUUUCAUUAAGAUGACGCUACACCGGUAAGAGACUACCUCGGGUAACUUUAACGGAUACUAAUAUGUCGAAAUUAGAAUUGAAACGCGAAUAACAAAAUUUUAAGAGUUGCUUAUUUCCGAGGGUUGUACAUAAGUUUUUUCACACAAAAAUGUAUAGCCACGUUAGUUCUUGUUUUCAUUUGUUUUAAUACAGCAAAACGCCACAGUUUUUAUUCUAAGUAUUAAUUACGUACGUUAUUUUGUUAUUUUACUCGUUAGUUAGACGGAGACAGUAGACGCGGGCGUGACGUCCACUUAAACAUUAAUGAGAAGACUAUUAUUGAUCGGACGAAUUCUAUAAUAAUAUUAUAUAAUGCAAUUAAUAGAUUUAGGUCUAUAUAAUAUCAAUGUAGUUUAUAUUCCAUAAAACUCAGACAUUCGGAACCCCGCGCAUUGUUCGGUCUGUUAUAAUGGUCGUAUUGCUAGGUAAUUUACCGUGAACUUUAUUUAGAAUAUUGAGGCCUUGAUCUAAUGUAAUACAUAUGUAUUUAUAAAGAACACGAAAAGUAUAAUAUUAUAUUUAUAAACGCCUUUCUAAUAUUUUUUAAAGAAAGUAAAAGUACUAAUACCAAUGAAUAUCAUAAUAUUACUAGUGUGUGUGUGUGUGCUAUAGCUACAGGUUAUAGUUUUUGAAUUAAACGUUUAUCAAUAUAGGCGACGCGAUUACAUUUCUCACUUUACAAUCAUAAUUUUUCCUGUAAAAAGAUUAUCUAAUUAACUAGGUGCAUAAAUACCUGUGUAUAGUUUGUUUAAGCGUGUGAUAAAAUACAAUAUAAAUAAAUACGGAUUGAAUUUAUAUCCGUUUUUUUUACUAUGUGACACAGUUUAUACCUAAAUUGAAUAUUUUACGGUCCAGCCGACAAUAUUGUUAUUGUCGUCGUGGUGGUGUAGAAGGAAAUGAGGCGUAUACGUGUACGAUAAUAUGUCUGACGAAAAGUAUAUUUUAUUUAGACACACUACACACAGCUUAUAUAUAUACAUAUUAUAUUUUGUUCCGAAAUGACUAACAGUAUUACUACAGCAGACAUUGAGAACAAAUUAAUAAUAAUAAUAAUGAAAAAAUAAAUGUUAUUAAACAUGAAAUAAAAAUGUUAUAAUCAUAUCAUUAUGACGGCGUUGGGCAUUUGUCUGCGGUAAUCUAUCUCACUUUCGAACACGCUUUCAUCGGUAUACGUACACAGAAAAACGCAGAUAAAACAUUUAUAUUUUUAAAGGGUUUCGAACAUCUAUGGCAGAUUCAAAACUGAUCAAUAAUUAGUAGAAAAAAUAAAAGUUGCUAUUUUUUUUUUCAACAAUUUUUAACUAUAACUAAUUUUAAAUAAUAGAAUGCCGAAUGGUAAUUUAGUUAAUUAUUUUCUUUUAAUACAUAAUUUGACCGAAAAUCGGUAACACAUUUUGUUAAAAUGAAAGUAAUUUGUGAAUAUAUUGUGUAAAAUAUUGUGUUCAUAUGCGUUUUUAUAUUUAUAUUUUGAUAAAAAUUACGUACGUGAUGUAUAUCGUUAUCAUGUAUCGAAACGGGUACAAGGUCUAUGAGAUGCACACUCGAGUCUCGUAUCGUAAGUUUUCAUUUGAUAAGUACAAAAUACGUUUAUGAGUGCAAUCUCAAAAAAAAAAUAUCCUGAAAAUUCGUAACUUUACUAAUUUACUCAAAUUAAUUUAUAUUUUAAAAUUAACUCUAACUAAGAUUAGUUUUUAUUAUUAUUUUUUUUUUUUUGGAUAAAUUAAAUUAAACUGAUUAAAAACAAAUAUUUACCUGUCCAAUUUUUAAUAAAUUUAAUAAACUAUUUAAAUUAUAGUAUUAUUAUUCGUCACGUAUUUUUACCCUGUUCUCUCUUAUUAUCAAUGUUCAGAUUGGUUUGCUACAAUACAUCUGUUUCAACCGUUUGCUUUUAUUUCAGUGCUUCAGUAUAGCGGCAGCACAAGGAGCAAACUGAAAUAGUACCUAUUCGUACUAUAAUUUCCUACAUAGGUUUUUACUAAAAUUAAGAGAACUGAGUUCCAAUACGCCAGCGUUAUUAACACAUUAAUAUUGCACUCGUUUACAAAAAGCUGCGUAUAUACUUACUUUCCCAACAUUAGUUGAUUAAGAUGGCAUACGUUGUUUAGUAUAACUUUUUAAUCUUAUUCCCGUGCUAUUAGCCUAUUUAUGGCCUGGUCCAUAUCAAUCUUAUUAUGAUCUUCACAGGGACAAUAACAUCAUAUUGUAUUCCAAUCUGAAUUUUACUAGCUACGUUUUUAAAAAGACGUUCUAGGAUAAUGGAGACGGGUGCAGCCGUUGUUAUAGGUAAUUUAAUGUAUAUCUGUAAGCAACGAUAAACCAUUGCUAACGAAAAAAUGAUUCUGAGCACAUUUCAGUUGAUAAUGAUGCUUUUUCAACAAUAUAUAACAUGUCAUUUGAUGGUAAAAUAAUUAAAUAGGCAUUAUUUAUUUUCUUUAGUAAUAUUUGUUUAAAAUUGCAUCCAUUUUCUCGUUUUUAUCAUGUUUUACCCGGAUUAUUACAUUUGCUAAGAAAACUCUUGGAAAAAUCGAAAAAUGACCUCCCUAAAGAAUCUCUCUAGUCAGAUUUACUUUCAAAAAACGUGCUAUCAUAGUAAAUCGGAGCGAAAUUGCUCGUCGAAAAUACGAAUCGCAUCUUUGGUACUUUAAAGGAUUUAUAUAUGUAUCUGUUUACAUAAUAAUCUAGACAACACGAUUCUUACAUUCAAUCCUGCGCUCUAAAAUCAAUUUCAACAGAUAGGUACCUUCGUGUAUGACGUUUCUUUAAACUGUAUGUCUGUAUGAUAUUUAUUUGACAUCAGACAUCAUUUAAAAAUUAAACGUUUAUCGUCUGUAACAAAUAAUAAUAAUUUUUUUGCAUUUCUAGACGUAUAUUUUUGACGUCGACAUGAACUGUAAUGGCUGUUCAAAGGGUAUCGAACGAGUUUUGGAGCCAUUAAAAGGUACAUACAUGUAUUUAUGGUCUAUACACACGUUUGUUAUUUAGAAUAAUAAAAUGUAUACAAAAUAUUGCAUAUUAAGAUAGUUAAUUUUUAGAAAUUACAACAAAAUAAUAAUUUAAUUGUUGUUAUUGUUUUUUUUUUUUUUUAAAUAUAUGUUAGAUCUCGAUUUUCAACUAUCUUUCAUCCAACAUUUAUAAUAAUAAUAAUUAAAAAGCCAUAUCUUGCUGAAUGACGAACGAACCCGAUGAUUUGUACCACCUAUUAAAUGUUUAAUUUAAAACAAUUACAUCCAAACAUAACUCCGUGAAGAGGGGGGGGGGAAUUCAAAUCCCGGUUUCCGAUCAAUAUUAUUAUUAGCUAACUAAUGGAUAUUAUUGAUAACCACUGAUUUCCGAAAUUUUUAACCACUUCGAAUUCCCAAUGCAAUGAACACUAUAUUUAUCGAUUUGCAACAUUGAUGUUUUCAGUUGUAGUAAUUAUUUUGGUGACGUAUAAUUAAGUGGAUAUUAAAAGGUCUAAGUUUUGUUUUGUUUUCAAUUUUAGGCCAUGGCGUAGAGAAGUACGAAGUUUCGUUCGAUAAAAAGUUAGUACGAGUAACGUGCUCGUCGCCUAUGUCUGCGGAAGAAGUUUUAACUGCUAUACAAAAAACUGGCAAAGUGGCAACAUUAGUCAAUAUAGAACCUAUGUUAUCGAAGUAAUUAAAAUAUAUACAUGUAUAUUUUUUUAAAUUUUUUAAUAAUUAUAUUAGUUUUAUUUAUGGUUAAAAUGAUAUAACAUUGGUUUAGAUUUGGAGGUUAAGACAUAAAUUAGGGAGAGGGGUAAAAUCUUUAUAAACGCGCAAAUUACUUUUUGACUCAUUUACUUUGAGUUAAAUUUGCCAUAAAAAAAAAAAAGAAGCUAUUUAGGCCCCCCCCCCAUUAUUUGCACUGGGUCUAUGAAUGGGUUCACUCGUAUUUUAAUUAUUUGUUUUUAUUCGAAUCUUUUGUAGGUACGUAUAUUUUAAAGGUAUAAUUUAAAAUGUUAAAGUUAAAAAAUUUGACUGCAAUUACCUAUAUAUUAAUUUUAGAAUUCUAGAAACCGACAUUCCAUGCCGUGUUGAAAUAAUCCUCGUUUUAAUUAUUAUUAUAGGUAAGAACGUGAUUAUUUUCAUUAUAAUCCAACGGGAAGUGCGAUGACCGGCCCAUUACGAUUUCCUGCCCGG